AUGAAGUCUGAUUUCCAGUUUUCUAACUUGUUAGGAACUGUCUACCGACAAGGAAAUUUGGUAUUCAUCAAUGAUGGUAACACCCUCAUUUCUCCCGUGGGUAAUCGUGUUUCGGUCUUUGAUUUGAUCAAUAACAAGUCCUUUACCUUUCCAUAUGAACAUAGAAGGGACGUUGCAGCAAUUACGGUGAAUAAGCAAGGUACGCUUUUAAUGUCUGUAGACGAGCACGGAAGGGCUAUAUUGGUAAACUUUAAAGCUAGAAUUGUUUUGCAUCAUUUCAACUUUAAGUCUCCCGUAAAGGCCAUUGAAUUUUCACCCGAUGGACACUAUUUCGCAGUAGGAUGUGGCAAAAUCUUACAAAUAUGGAGAACUCCAAACGUUCUGGAAGACAAGCAGUUUGCUCCAUUUGUUCGUCAUGCGUAUUACACAGGCCAUUAUGAUGACAUUACUUCCGUCUCGUGGUCUGGAGAUUCGCAGUUUGUCCUCACGACGUCUAAGGAUAUGACAACGCGGCUCUAUGGAGUAGAUAGGGAUCGCAUGGAUGAGGUCAGAAUGACCUUGGGUGGUCAUAGAGACUAUGUGGUCAAUGCAUUUUUUGAUGAGGCUCAGGAGGUUAUCUACACAGUCAGUAAAGAUGGAGCUCUCUUCAGGUGGGAAUACACAUCUGAUCCAAAGAGUAAAGAAGAUGAAUACGAGGAAGAAGACGAGGAAGAUAGGAGUACGGAUGAAGACGGAAUAUUACAAAAACCAAAAAAACCAGAGUCAUGGAGGAUUGUGGCCAGACAUUACUUCUUUAGUCAUUCCAAAUUGAAGUGUGCUGCAUUCCAUCCCAAAUCCAAUAUUCUCGUGGUAGGUUUUGGCAACGGAGAGUUCAGACUCUACGAAUUGCCAACGUUCACACUAAUCCAGCAACUUUCCAUGGGUCAGAAUUCUGUCAACACAGUUAGUAUCAAUGCUUCUGGUGAAUGGUUAGCCUUUGGCUCUAGUACCUUAGGACAAUUGUUAGUAUAUGAGUGGCAGUCAGAAUCUUAUAUCCUCAAGCAGCAAGGCCAUUUUGACGCUAUAAACGCUUUGACAUAUUCUCCUGACGGCUCUAGAGUAGUAACGGCAGCAGAUGAUGGUAAAAUCAAAAUUUGGGAUGUUCUGUCGGGUUUCUGUCUGGCAACAUUUGAAGAACAUUCAAGCGCUGUCACUUCAGUCAGAUUUGCUAAGCGAGGUCAAGUACUGUUUUCAUCCUCCUUGGAUGGUACGGUCAGGGCUUGGGAUCUGAUCAGAUUUCGGAACUUUAGAACCUUCACCGCUCCAGAAAGAGUUCAGUUUGGAUGUCUUGCGGUAGAUCCAAGUGGUGAAGUUGUUUGCGCCGGUUCUUUGGACGAUUUUCAGAUUCAUGUUUGGUCAGUUCAAACAGGAGCUCUUCUAGAUUCCCUAGCUGGACAUGAAGGUCCAGUUUCUUGUCUUUCUUUUGGACAGGAGGGUGAAGCUGCUACAACAUUGGCAAGUGCUUCUUGGGAUAAAACGAUUAGGGUUUGGAAUAUAUUUGGAAGAUCCCAACAAGUCGAGCCGUUUGAAGUAUACUCAGAAGUACUAGCCAUCGACAUGAGACCUGACGGGAAAGAAGUUGCUGUGUCUACUUUGAACGGGCAGAUUUUGUUCUGGAACGUGGAAAGCGGGAACCAAACGAACUUCAUCGAUGCCAAACGAGACAUUCAAGUUGGUAGAUACAGUGACGAUAGAUUUGAAGCCAAAAAUAGUAAGAGAGGUAAGUGUUUCAGUACAAUCAGUUAUAGUUUUGACGGAUUGUCUUUGAUUGCUGCAGGUGAUAAUAAUAGUAUCUGUCUAUACGACGUCAAAAAUAGUGUAUUGCUGAGGAAAUUCACUGUCUCGUUGAAUAUGAAUUUGGAAGGUACUUUGAAAAAGCUCAACUCUAAGAAUCUAAUUGAAGGCGGGCCAAUAGACUUGCUUGACAGGGAUGGUGAAAACUCUGACUAUGAGGAUCGAGUUGACCUGAAGCUACCAGGAUCACAUCGUGGAGACCCCUCAGUGCGUAAUAUCAAAGCUGCUGUGAGGGUAACAAGUAUUGCAUUUUCACCUGGUGCCAGUUCAUUUGCAGCUGCCUCUACGGAAGGAUUAUUAAUAUAUUCAGUGGAUGACAGUGUCAACUUUGAUCCUUUCGAUUUGGAUAUAGAUAUCACCCCAGCCAGCUGUCUAGAAAUGUUAGAGGAAAAGGAAUUUUUGAUCGCUGUGGUGAUGAGUUUCCGUCUGAACGAACGUUACUUAAUUCAUCGCAUAUACGAAUCCAUUCCAUUGAAUGAGAUUGAUCUGAUCGUUGCAGACUUACCUAAAGUCUAUGUGGAGAGGUUCCUACGCUUUAUUGGUGAACUAUCUCUUGAAUCGCAGCAUAUUGAAUUCAACCUAAUUUGGAUCAAGAGUAUUUUGGCGGCUCAUGGCAAAUAUAUUAGUGCUCAUAAGUUUGAGUUUAGUGUUGCUACAAGAAUGAUCCAAAGAUUCCUUGCCAGAAUAGCCAAGGAUGUCGUAAAGACGUCCGUUAGGAACGGAUAUCUUGCAGAGUUUUUGUUGGAUACCCGAACUCAACAGGACAGCAUCCGAAUUGAGGAGGAGAAACUCACAUUGUAG